AUGGCCCAAUUUGUGACCCACAUUCAGCCAACGCUGAUCGAGGCGUCCCAGGGGCACGUUCCGCACCACCAUGGCCACCAGGUCGGGGUGCCCCACGCAUCCCAUCUGCCGCACAGUGGCCACAACAUGCCGUCACCUCCGACGGCUCAUCACGGCCACGGGCACGGGCACGGGCACCACGCGCACACCUCGUCCCUGGUCCACAGCGCGAGCCGGGAUAUGUCGAACAGCAAGGGAUCGCAUAAGGUGCCGCACCACCUGCCACUGUCGCCCAAGGUUGACGAUCACCAUCAACCGCAUCCCCAUUACCAGCACGUGGAAGGAUACUACCAGCACAUGCCGGCGCACUAUCACCACCAUCACCACCAGCAGCAGCAGCAGCACCACCAUCACGGCCACAGCCACAGCCAACACCACUCCGGGUCCGAUGGAAACACGUCGUUCCUGCGUGCCGCUCGGGCCGGCAACUUGGAGAAGGUUUUGGAACACCUGAAAAACAACAUUGAUAUCAAUACUUGCAAUGCGAAUGGCUUGAACGCGCUGCACCUGGCGUCGAAGGAUGGUCACGUGACCGUCGUGUCGGAGCUGUUGGCCCGCGGUGCGACGGUAGAUGCCGCCACCAAGAAGGGCAACACUGCGCUGCACAUCGCUUCGCUGGCCGGCCAGGAGGAGGUGGUGAAGCUGCUGAUCAAGCACAGCGCGUCCGUCAACGUUCAAUCGCAGAAUGGCUUCACGCCGCUGUACAUGGCGGCCCAGGAGAACCACGACUCGGUCGUCCGGCUGCUGCUGUCCAACGGAGCGAAUCAGAGCUUGGCCACGGAGGACGGCUUUACGCCGCUGGCCGUCGCCAUGCAGCAGGGCCACGACAAGGUGGUGGCCGUGUUGCUGGAGAGCGACACCAGGGGCAAGGUGCGGUUGCCUGCGCUGCACAUCGCCGCCAAGAAGGAUGACGUGAAGGCCGCUACCUUGCUGCUGGAGAACGACCACAACCCGGACGUAACGUCCAAGUCGGGCUUCACGCCGCUGCACAUCGCGUCGCACUACGGCAACGAAGCCAUGGCCAACCUGCUCAUCCAGAAGGGGGCCGACGUGAAUUAUGCCGCCAAGCACAACAUCAGCCCUCUGCAUGUGGCCGCCAAGUGGGGCAAAACGAACAUGGUGGCGCUGCUACUGGAGAAGGGUGCCAACAUCGAGAGCAAAACGCGCGACGGGCUUACGCCGCUCCACUGUGCGGCCCGGUCUGGCCACGAGCAGGUGGUCGACAUGCUGCUCGAGCGCGGGGCUCCGAUCAGCUCGAAGACGAAGAACGGGCUCGCCCCGCUGCACAUGGCGGCCCAGGGCGAGCACGUGGAUGCCGCACGCAUUCUGCUCUACCAUCGCGCCCCGGUCGACGAGGUAACGGUCGACUACCUGACGGCGCUGCACGUGGCCGCCCACUGCGGCCACGUGCGGGUCGCGAAGCUCCUGCUCGACCGCAACGCGGACGCCAACGCGCGGGCCCUCAACGGCUUCACGCCGCUGCACAUCGCGUGCAAGAAGAACCGCAUCAAGGUGGUGGAGCUGCUGCUGAAGCACGGCGCCAGCAUUAGUGCCACCACCGAGAGUGGCCUAACGCCGCUCCACGUCGCCUCGUUCAUGGGCUGCAUGAACAUCGUCAUUUACUUGCUGCAACACGACGCCAGCCCGGAUGUACCGACGGUACGCGGCGAAACUCCGUUGCAUCUGGCGGCCAGAGCGAACCAGACCGACAUUAUCCGCAUUUUGCUACGCAACGGGGCACAGGUGGAUGCGCGUGCCCGCGAACAGCAAACACCGCUGCACAUCGCUUCCCGGUUGGGCAACGUGGACAUCGUGAUGCUGCUGCUGCAGCACGGCGCCCAGGUGGACGCGGUCACGAAGGACAUGUACACCGCCCUGCAUAUCGCCGCCAAGGAGGGCCAGGAUGAGGUCGCCGGGGUGCUCCUGGACAAUGGUGCCCAGAUUGAUGCCACGACGAAGAAGGGCUUCACACCGCUGCACCUGACGGCCAAGUACGGCCACAUGAAAGUGGCCGAGCUGCUGCUGCAGAAGAGUGCGCCGGUCGAUGCGCAGGGCAAGAAUGGUGUCACGCCGCUGCAUGUCGCCAGCCACUACGAUCACCAGAACGUGGCGAUGCUGCUGCUGGAGAAGGGGGCCAGUCCGCACGCGACGGCCAAGAACGGGCACACACCGCUGCACAUUGCAGCGCGCAAGAAUCAGCUGGACAUUGCUAAAACGCUGCUAAAGUAUAAGGCACAACCGAGCGCGGAGAGUAAGGCUGGCUUCACGCCGCUGCACCUGAGCGCCCAGGAGGGCCACACCGAAAUGUCGGGGCUACUGCUGGAGCACCAGGCCAACCCGGACCACCAAGCGCGCAACGGACUGACACCGAUGCACCUGUGCGCCCAGGAGGACCGAGUCAGUGUGGCGCAGGUGCUAGUCAAGCAUGGCGCCAACCUGCGGGCUGCCACUAAGGCGGGUUACAUGCCGUUGCACGUAGCGUCGCACUUCGGGCAGGCAAAUAUGGUACGCUACCUGAUCGAGCAGAGCGCCGACGUAAACGCUUCUACCGGUAUCGGCUACACAGCGCUACAUCAAGCUUCGCAGCAAGGACACUGCCACAUUGUUAACAUACUGCUGGAAAAUAAUGCUAAUCCUAAUGCUAUUACUAAUAAUGGACAAACAUCGUUGAAGAUUGCGCAAAAGCUGGGCUACAUUAGUGUGCUCGAUUCGCUGAAAUCCGUCACGGAUUCCAAAGCUACUCCGGAGCAGCCGCCAUCCGAGGAGAAGUACCGGGUAGUCGCUCCCGAGGCAAUGCACGAAACAUUUAUGUCUGAUUCCGAAGAAGAAGGAGGGGAGGAUACGGUGCUGUCGGACCAACCGUACCGCUAUCUGACGGUCGACGAGAUGAAAUCCCUCGGAGACGAUUCGCUGCCGAUAGACGUGACGCGUGACGAGCGCAUGGACUCGAACAAGAUGGUGCAGAGUACCGACUCGCACCAGUUCCCACCGACGGCCCUCGAGGACUCCAUCAGUCCCCAGCACGCCUCGAUGGUGCAGUCCGGCAUAUCGGCCGCCGAUUUCACGGACAACAUCAACAUUGAGCGACAGGCACACGUCGGAAAGCUUCACUGGAGGAACUUCUUGGUGUCCUUCUUGGUGGAUGCGCGCGGCGGUGCCAUGCGUGGAUGCCGUCACAGUGGCGUUCGUAUCAUCGUACCUGCGCGCUCGGCGGCACAGCCAACGCGCAUAACCUGCCGCUACGUGAAACCUCAGCGCACCAUGCAUCCGCCACCGCUAAUGGAAGGUGAGGCGCUGGCCAGUCGCGUGCUGGAGCUGGGCCCGGUUGGAGCGAAGUUUCUUGGGCCCGUCAUAAUGGAGGUGCCCCACUUUGCGUCGCUACGUGGCAAGGAGCGCGAGAUUGUUAUCCUUCGGUCGGAUAAUGGGGAAACAUGGCGCGAGCACAACAUCGACAUGUCGGAAGAAAUCGUGCACGACGUACUGAACGAGUGCUUCGAACCUGAAGAUCUAGCGCAGCUUGACGAACUAGGCGGUGGACGUAUUUGUCGCUUCGUAACGUACGACUUUCCGCAGUACUUUGCGGUGAUCUCACGCAUUCGCCAAGAGGUGCAUGCCAUCGGACCGGAGGGGGGCAUGGUUUCUAGCACGGUCGUGCCUCAGGUGCAGGCCGUCUUUCCGCAGGGCGCUCUCACCAAGAAGAUUAAAGUUGGGCUACAGGUAAAUCUGUUCAAACCACGCAAAGGUGUAGCACCGGAGAAGUUACGCAAGAUCAGCGUCAACCAUGUGCCGAAGAAGAAACGUUUCUCGUUGAUCUGGUAAAGGCGUACGAAGGAAUCGGUGCUUAUUACGCACUUGACGAGCAAGCGUAACGAGGCUUAAGCAAGCGAACGAGCAUAGGAAAUGCUUCGGUGCAAAUACAACAAGCUGUGCAAUCAGGACGUUGACACAUUCUCUGUUUCUGCUAAGUACCAUGAAACUGUUUGAUGGAGGCUGGAAAACAUUGCUCAAUUAUUUAUUUAUUUUACUUUACGCUUAAAGUAUUAUGCAUGUUACAGGCAGGUAAAAUGCAUU